CCUCCUCCACCAACACCAAUCGUAGUGCUUCACUGUAAACGCAGUUAUUGAGGCUCCAUAUCUGGACAUUUUAACUGAUCCUGAAUGCCCGAACGAAGGUAAAACGCAUCACAAGCAUAUAACUGAAAGGAUGGCCUCUCCCCAGCCUGGCAGCCCACCACCUACAGAGCAAGACACCCCUCUUGAUGAACUGAGUGAGGAGAGCAAAGAGCUGGAGGUAGAGGAGCCCCCUGUAAAAAAGAGAGGCAAAGGCAGACCUCCAAAGAAAUCCAAGCAUUCUUUCAAAUGCUCUGCCUGCCAGGAGGCCUUCAGUAGCCCCUUGGCUCUCCGGAGCCAUAAGCUGUCUGCCCACAGUAAGGAGCAGCAGGAGAAAAAGCAGCACACAUGUUCUCAGUGCAGCAAAAUGUUCCCCAGCAGAGCCCAGCUCUCCAAGCACCAGCGCUCUCACUCUGCUCAGCGCCCCUUUCAGUGCGAUCAGUGUCACAAGGCUUACAAGACCCCAACGGAGCUACGCAACCACAGCCGCUCCCAUACAGGGGAGAAGCCUUUUGUCUGCACUGAGUGCGGCAAGACCUUCAUGCAGGCCAUAUGCCUGCGCAUUCACAUGACGCAGCACAGCGGCGAGCGGCCAUAUUCCUGCCCCCAUUGCUCCAAGAGCUACCCCACUCUGUCCAAGCUGAAGGUGCACCUGCGCUCUCACACGGGGGAGAAGCCCUAUUUCUGUGCCGAGUGCGGGAAGAGCUUUGCCGACCCCUCUGUUUACCGGAAGCACAGGCGCAACCACCAGGGCCACCGGCCCUACUCCUGUGAUAAGUGUGGGAAGACGUACACCGAGCUGAAAGACCUGAAGAACCAUGAACGGUCUCACACAGGAGAGAAGCCCUACCUGUGUUCCGACUGCGGCAAGGCCUUCUCCCGUUCGUCCUCCCUGGCUUGUCACCUCCGCAUUCACUCCCAGAGCAAACCCUACCAGUGUGAGCAGUGUGGCAAAGGCUUCACUCAGCUCUCCUCCUAUCAGUCUCACCUGCGCACUCACUCGGGUGAGAAGCCAUUCCUCUGCCCGCAGUGUGGGAAGAUGUUCUCAGACCCCUCCAGUUUCCGCCGGCACCAGAGGGCCCAUUCAGGGUUCAAGCCCUACCCCUGUGACAAGUGUGCCAAGAGAUUCCGGCAGCCUGCCGACCUGGCUGUGCAUCAGCGGGUGCACUCCGGGCAGCGGCCCUACAAGUGUCAGAGCUGCGACAAGGCGUUUGUGGCGUCCUGGGACCUGCGACGCCACAUGCUAGUGCACACGGGGCUGCGGCCCUUCUCCUGCACGGAGUGCGGCAAGUCCUUCGCCGAGCGCUCCAGCCUCAACAAGCACCGAAGGGUGCACUCCGGCGAGCGCCCGUUCAAAUGUGACCUGUGCUUCAAGUCGUUCGUGGUCUCCUCCAGCCUACGGAAGCACGAGCGCACUCACCUGGCUGAGAGGCCCGCGCUGCUACCGCAGCAGGCGGUACCUGAGACAGUUGCAGCAGUGUUCCUCGCUCACACCUCCCUCCCCCAGUUCUCCUGUUCACACUGUGAUGUCACCUUUGGAACCUGGGAGGAGGUUCAGGCCCAUGAGGGUCUUCACACCAUCUCUCCUCCUUCCACCACCGUGGCCCCCCUGCCCAUGGGCCCACACGUAUGCGCGACCUGCCGGGAGGAGUUUGUACUGCUGUCUGACCUGCAAGCCCACGAGAAGAUGCACCCCAAACCACGACCCCACGUCUGCGACAGCUGCGGCAAAGGUUUCCUCAACAAAGCCGGGCUGCGGAAACACCAGCGGAUCCACUCGACCAACCGCAACCACGUCUGCCCCCACUGUAGCAAAGCCUUUCUGUUUGCCGCUUAUCUCCGCAAGCACUUACGCACCCACCGUGACCCCCUGCCCACCUUCCCCCUCUCUGACACACUCAUUGCACACACGGAGCCUCUUCCCUCGCCACCUCCACCCAUUGAAGUUUCCUCAUCUACUCUUGAACCUGGUGCAAUUUGUCUGACUAUACCGGUGACUAUUCCAGUGACUGUUCCUGUAACCUUUCAGACCACGCCCAUUUAUAUCGAUAAGGAAGACAGACUCUGAAAAGACCAUAAGUGUUUGUGUUGAAUUAAUUAUUACUCAACUGCCAGAGGCCUUGAAUAUUUUUAACAAUAGUAUGGUUAAAAACGGCUUAAUUCCCAUACUAAAACAAAGCUUAUUGAUAACCUAUUGAUAACAAUUUGAAAUAAUGAGACGUUUCACUUUCAAUUGCCCUCAACCCUGUAUUUGUGAUUUAAAAUGUGUUAUUUAUGCUAUGUAAUGUACAUUAUGUUUUAUACUAUACAAAACCUGACAUCUAUCAUCAACUUAUUUCAUUGUCAUGAUUUGUUCAUAAGAAUGUAUUGUUUUGUGUCAUAGGCUAUACACUGAGUAUACCAAAUAUUAGGAACACCUUCUUAAUAUUGAGUUGCAUCCCCCCGUUUGCCCUCAG